GGCAAGGACGACUCCGAGGACGAGGACGACGACGCCGGCGCGCGGCUCUACGUGGCGAACCUGCCCUACGACGCGUCGGAGGAGGAGAUCCUCGCGUACUUCUCGCCGCACGGCACCGUCUCCGAGGUGCACCAGCCCCUGAGCAAGGAGACGCGCGCGCCCCUGGGCUUCGCCUUCGUGACCUUCGUCCUGCCGACGGCCGCCGAGGCCGCGACGGCGAGCCUCGACGGCGCGUCGUUCCGCGGCCGCGCGCUCUCGGUCGCGGCCGCCGAGAAGCAGCGGAAGUCGAGCGCCGACGACCGCGCGCCGCGGACCUUCAGCGAGCGCCGCGAGCAGGAGCGGAAGAAGAAGGCCCUGGCCGCGAGCCACGGCGAGCUCCGGGGCCACGUGCGGAGCGACGCCGUCGCGGCCGCGGCCGCGGCGCAGCUCGGCGCGUCCAAGGCCGAGCUCUUCAAGGCCUCGGGCUCCGGCACGGCCGUCAACCUGGCGCUCGCGGAGGCGACGGUGCAGGCGGAGACGCUGGCCUACUUCCGGGACCGGGGCUACGACCUCGACGCGGACGCGAGGAGCCGGCGGAGCGUCCUCGUGAAGAAUCUGCCCGCGGACGCGUCCGCGGCCGAGCUCCGCAAGAUGUUCGCGCCCCACGGCGUCGUCCACGACGUGCUCCUGGCGCCGUCGCGGACGACGGCCGUCGUCGAGUUCGAGGAGCCCAGCGAGGCGCGCGCGGCCUUCAAGAAGUUGGCGUACCGGCGCUUCCGCCACGUGCCCCUCUACCUCGGCUGGGCGCCGGAGAAGUCCGACGCGGCGCCCGCGGCGCCGUCGUCGACGGUGCCGGACGCCGCCGCCGCCGACGACGACGAGGAGGUCCACGAGGGCGCGACGGUCUUCGUCAAGAACCUCAACUUCAAGACGACGGCGGCGGCGCUCCGCGCGCACUUCUCCGCCUUCGGCGUCCGCGCGUGCUCCCUGCCGGCGGCCGACGGCGAGCGCAACAACCGGGGCUACGGCUUCCUCGAGUUCGACGGCGCCGACGACGCGAGGGCCGCCAUCGCGACGACGCGGCCGCUCGACGGCCACGCGUUGGGUUUGGAGCUCUCGAAGCGCAAGAUCGCGCGCGCGCCCGACGCCAAAAAAACGUCCAAGACGAAGCUCGUCGUGCGCAACCUCGCCUUCGCCGUCGUGGUCAACGACGUCAAGCAGCUCUUCGAGGCCUUCGGCGCCCUCAAGAAGGUGCGCCUGCCGAAGCGGUUCGACGGGCGGCACCGCGGCUUCGCGUUCGUCGAGUUCACCAACCCGCGCGACGCGGCGGCGGCGCGGAGUUCGCUCAAGAGCGCCCACCUCUACGGCCGCCACCUCGUCAUCGACUGGGCCGACCCGGACCCCGCCGUGGAG